AUGGAUAAAAGGAAAUUAUCAACUGCGGGAGACAGUCUUUAUCAAAUACUGCAACUUCCUAAAACUGCAACGCCAGAAGAUGUCAAGAAAAGCUAUCGUAAAUUAGCUUUAAAAUAUCAUCCCGAUAAGAACCCUAAUAAUCCAGAAGCAGCUGAUAAGUUUAAAGAAGUUAAUCGUGCUCAUACAAUUCUUAGUGACGUUACCAAGAGAAACAUAUACGAUAAUUACGGAUCACUCGGACUUUACAUAGCAGAACAAUUUGGCGAGGAAAAUGUCAACGCCUAUUUCGUUGUGACGAGCACUUGGUGCAAGGUUCUUGUUGUUGUAUGCGGUAUAUUAACGGGUUGCUACUUUUGUUGCUGCUUAUGUUGUUGCUGUGAUUGCUGUUGUGGCAAGUGCAAGCCGCGCCCACCAGAGGAAUCCGGUGAUUAUCAUACUCUUGAGAGGGAUGAUUCGGACGGAGUUCAGGCUGUUACCGUACAGCCUGGUGGCGAAGGGCGCCCUGCUGGCGAACAGGCGCCGCCCAUCGCCAUGCCUCCACCGCCAUCGAACCCAAUGGGGGCUGCUACUGCCUCUGAAAACACUGGCCUCAACACAGGAAGCAGUAUUCCAAAAUACACAUGA